UAACACAAAGACUCCUUAUCGUGUGAUGAAGGACUGGGUUCACGUGCUGUAUUUGUUUUGUGAAUUCAAACGUGCGUAGCUCGCAUCAGUCGCCAUGGCAGCUUUACGCAGAUGUGACAAGCACAGCUGUACAGUAAUCAUUAUCAACGCUGGGAUCAGUUACUCUUGCCCACCAUCCCGCCGCUGUACAGGUGUGCAUGCCUGUGACGAGGCAAGCGGGCAACUGCAUAAUAUAAAAUGCUGGAGAACAAUUAACGAACCAUAUGAGGAAGCCAAGGCCGAGCCUGUCCGGCGCCUGGCCACUUCGCUCCACUUGAUCUUAUCAUUAAUAUCUGUGCCGGUAAGAUCCAUUCAGUGGUGGCGAGCGACAGAUGAGCACGUCCAAGUGUAUAGUGCGUCGAGAUCGAGCCAACACGGGACUGUAGUCUGAUAUAAAAGCUGAGGGAAGUUCCAUGGUGUUGUGGAUCGCACUGGUUGAUAGUGUAAAGAAAAGCUACAAAGAACGCAGUGCAACGUAACGACUGAAAACCAACAAUCUGACCUCAGGACGAAGGUUCCGCACCAAGCCACGGCGGUCCUUGCGUGAGGGAACACGAGCGGCGGUGGGCGGUGUGUGGGGGCGGCGGCGCUCUCAGGGUGCGAGCCAUGAGUGCCAGGUUGUUCUCUGCUCCGCCUCGCCCGCGUUUCCUAUUCCUGCUUCUGUUGUGCCUGACGCUGCCGACUCUCUGCGUCUCGACUGCCACGAUCGCAACGGUGGUGGCGCAGGGCAACACGGUUGUGUUCCAGCACCGGGUGGAGGCGCUGCUGGACGGAAAACAGGUACAUACGAGAAUGACGGUUGUGGAAGUCUCGAGGACAAAUAGCGACACACUCCUGGUCCUCGCUUCCUACGAUGACCACGACGACUUGACAGCGAUGAUGUCUAAGGAGACAGAAGCAAGAGCCGUGGCGGUGACGACUGUGGGUGGUCGCGUCGCUUCACUACUGCACCACGCCGAGGAAACGCCUGCCUCACUCAACUACAAGAGGGCCCUGUCCUCCCUCCUCACCCCAGCCCUCCACUCUCACAGUCUUGUCUACCACACACAGAGCGGAGUGCUUGGGACGUGCGAGGUGCGGUACCAACAUGAGGAGUCACGCACAGUAACCUGGUUGGACAUGACGCGCUGCUCCCAUUUCACCUACGAGCAGGUCCUCAGUGCUCACAACCUGCCACUUCUGCACCUGGUUGUGGAGCUUGAGGGCAGUACCUCCACGUGUGACUACAGCUGGCGGGGCGCGGACAGGGACCUGCUGGAGGGCGUCCGCUGCACUGAGACUCUGUUGGUGGCGCCGCGCUACACACCCGCCUCGCAGCUCCUGAACAUCACCCUCACCUCCUCCCUUAGCCAACUCAACGCUUCUCUCCUUGAGCCGGAAGUGUUUGAUUACAUGGAGGGAGCCACCGAGACUACAGAUCUAACUUUUCAGCCAGAAGAGCAAAAAGAAGCACAGGGGAAUGUACUCCAGCUGAUGGAGGAAGUGUGUCUGAGCGAGGGGGAGGAGCGUCUCACUGCCGAACUCCUGCAGAGGUUGUCAUACUUGUCCUAUGUCGUGGCGCGCUCCACCUCAGAAUUGCCUGACCUCCCUGCCGUCUGCCCCGUCAAUGUCAGGCGCGGCGUGGCUUUGGCAAUGGCUGUGGUUGGAGGUCCGCGAACACUACACUUUUUCGUGAAGCAGCUGGCUGAACUCUCACGAGCUUCAAGGAAUUUCAAUUUUUCUGACGACGAGUACUUUUUCACGCUGGCAUUGCGCAACCUGGUGAACCCCGAGCACCAUUCCAGUGAAGCCCUGCCUCGGGACUUCUUCCUCCGCAGAGAGAACCAAAUCGUGUAUGACGAGCUUGUGGACUACUUGCUGACCCAAACGCCGCCUGCUGUGGCUGGCGUAGCUGUGUUACUGGAAGGUCUUUCCAAGGUGGCGCCGCAGCUCUUUCAGCGUCUGUUGCAGAAGUGUGGACCAUUUUUGUUGCCUAGAGGCGCCUGUGAGCGUGGUGACUAUCCUGAGGCAGUGCGGUUGUUGCGGAGUGUGAGCGGCCUCAGCACGCGGCCCCAGGACUACGUGACCUCCCUUGGACCGUGCUUCGCCACUGACAACGUGAACGUAAUCGUCGCUGCCAUGGACACUCUCUCCACCGUCGAUUGUGACAUGCAGGGCGUGACUGAGCUGCAGAAGGUGGGCCUCGAUAGUCCCUCUGACUCUGAAAUUCGCAUCGCAGCAUACCGCGGCCUGGUGCACUGCCUCCCCUCUCAGCCCGACCUCAUCCAGACGGUGGCCAAGGCCCUGGACUCCUCGCACGACGAUUUCUCCACACAAGUGGCUUCUUACGUGUGGAGCCACAUUCAGUCGGUGAUUUCCUCCGACGACCCAAGUCUGCUGAGUCUGAAGGAGGUCCUGAGUGCCUCGGAUCUGGUCACUGGCGUGCCUGACCCGGUAUGGUACGACCCCAGACGACACUCCCGCCACCUGGCCCACACCGUGCACCUGGACGCCCGCACCUCUGUGACAGUGACCGGCGACUUGGCGUGGGGCAGGUACUCGCCCGCACCAAGGGCAAUAUACCUCACUGUCGCUCUUCACCAUGACGGAGCAACGCACCAGCUUGCCCAGGUGAUGGUGCGUGUGACUGGUGUGGAGGCCAUGGUGAUGAGCGUCCCCUGGGUGGAGAAGGUGCUUCAGGCCACCGGGUCUGCCGCUUCACAGCUGUGGUCCAUCGUGUCACGCAUGGCGGGCGGUAAAUCAAGGGAAAAGAGGGACGUAACUCAUAACCAGGUCACUGAGUUCUUACAGCAGGUGAUAACAAGGAUACCGGCUGCAUACAGGACCAAGAUUUCCACAGUUGAGUUGUACCUCCGCCUCCUGGACACUCACGCAUUCUACUUCCACCUCGAAGACCUUCGUUAUUCCUCUCCGUUGGAGGCUCUGGCCACUAGGCUUCAAGCUCCGCUCAGGGCUGUGCUUGUGGCUUUGGCACCGCUGCUGGACAACACGCUGACCCUGGCUACCUCCUCAGGAGUGCCCGUGGCCCUCGGGGUGCACGGGAUGGCCGGCGUCAACGCCCGCUGUGAUCACAUCGCCCCGGUCGGGGAAGGAGUGUUUAAUCUGGUGGCCAGUGGCGGAAUGGUGCUGUGGGGCCAUGCGAACGUGGGCGGUAGGAGGGAGGCGCCUCUUGUGAGCCACCUCCUUUGGACCCUCGACUUCCCUAUCUCCGCCAGCUACCAGUAUGAGGGCGAGGAAUUGCACGCCCACGUCCGGCUGCCGCGGAACUGGCCAGGCCACGUUUGGAUGAGCCGUCGAGAUACAACACUGAACGGUACCCUUGCGCCCGCCAGGACCACACGGAAUUGCUUUGGAGGAGAGGAGGUGCUAGAGAUGUGUCUAGAGGCUCGAGACGGAGAGAUGACGGGAGGGAUGAUGGGUCGCGGCAGCUGGCUGGCCCCCUACUUUCGUUCCGUGACGCUGCCCAGGCUGAAUCCUGCAGAACCCAUCAACGUGACCUUCUCCUUUCCUAAAAUCGGCGAGACGCAAAUGAGGCAGGUGGUGGUGGAGGCGGGUGGCCAGAGGUACAAUGGUGGCUUGGUGUUUCAAAACUCGCCCUUUAACUCCUUCGCCAUCACGCUCAACACGCCCUUGCACGUGUACCUCCUCAAAGGCUUAGCGGGCACGCGGGAAAGAAUCACGCAGGUCGCCAGUCUAGAGGCAAGCAUGGACCAGGACCGCUAUGGCCUUCGCUUACAGCUGUCCACACCUCAGUUGGUGCGGCAGAAGGUGUGGAGUCCAUCAGUCUUUAUAACGACGCCCGCGGAAGGGGAGGAAGAGGUGCUGCGUGUGUAUUUCUCAAUGAAGGAUGAGACAGAUGGUUUCCAGUCAGAUUUCAAUUUUCAGACGCUGGGGCCACUGUUGUCUUAUUUGGACCUGGAGACCUCAAGCCAGAUCGCUGGGACAGUGGAUGGGACUGACCGUUCGUUAAAGGUGUUAGAGAUCCGAUCACUGGAGGUCACGUCGUCAACCCUCUUCAGUAUGGGGUUGAGUGGACGUGUGCAACUGGCAGGCUCACCUCACGGCGAGGGUCACAUCAGGGUGAGAUGGGCUGGUGACGCAAAUCAGUUUGAGUUCAGCGUGGCACUGACUCCAGCGGUCACCUUCCUGGGGAUAUCGCAAUUCGAGGCAGGAGGGACCAGAGGCACUUCCCUCAGGGUGUCCUUCAGUGCUCUCCACAGCAGCAUUCAGUCUCCUAUGGGAGGCAGUCUGGUGCUCUUACUGGACACGAACACAGUGGAGCUGGACCUCAGCCUCGCCUUGGCUCACCUUGCAAGGAUAAAUUUAUCUCAUAGGCACAAGGGACCGCUCAACCUCCGCACUGCAGUGGCCGUGCGGUCAGAGUCCAUCGGCCUGGCCUGGUCAGCAGGUCAUGAACUACUGGUGCAGCCCGGCACCUUGCGGCAUGAAUUCAACGUGUCAUGGUCGGAAGAGCCAUCAGACACUGUGUCCUCGCUGGUGCACUACACAGCUGCUUCAGACAACUCCCUCUCGCGCUCCUUCAGGGCUCAGGUUGUGUAUCCAGGCCAGCUGGUGGAGGUGGAGCAGACCUUGGAGGAGGUGCAGCCCGGGACGUACAAGAGCAGGCUGCAAGUAAAGUUGGACCCAGGCCGGACCCUGAAUUCCGAGACAAUCUUCAUAACCCGAAUGAAGGAACAUGCCCUUUCUUAUGGCUUCUCUAACACCCUCAGGCUAGACACCUGGGAUACGCCACUCAGCUUGGUGGGCGCCUUCAACUGUGUCCCCGUUACGUGUUCUGUAGUGCUCACUAUAGAUCGUUCCGGGGAUCAACUUUUGGACCUGCAAGUGAAGCGCAACGCUGCGGCAGGCGUCUCACGCACCAACGCCCACAUAAUGAUUACGCAAUGGCUCAAUGGGACCAUGUCGCUGGACACGGUUCAGAAGAUCGGAUACUACGACUUCAAGUGCCAAAUUGCGUUGUGGGCGUGGCAGAGGGUUAUGCACGGACGCGCUCAGAUAAACUUGUUAUCUACUGACGUGGUGGUGUCGGAGGCGUUGAUGCUAGAGCUGCGAGAGGAUGGAAAACCUGGUUUUCCGACUCACUCGUACAAUGGCACUCUGAGAGUUGAUCAAGAUGACAGGACGCUCUUCACCAGGCAGGAAGUGUGGCCAGUAGUUGGGGGAGCCCAGCUGCCGCCUUGGCAAGUGGUGAUUCAGGGAGGCAUCGGUGAUGCUCUGCUCAACAGCUAUCACUUUGCAAAGGGGUCACUGAGGACGCCCGUGGGCCAGCAGUAUUCAGCAGACGGCGAGGCCCACACCGCGAUAGUGGGGCAGGAGUCUGUGGAGGCAACGGUGAUGUUUUCCGCUGCGCAGGACGCCCACGUACACUACCUCUUAGCCUGGGAGAUGGACAUGCAAACUCGCAACACAACUAAUAGUACUACAAACUCCAAGCAAGCGGCGAACAGUGGGGAGGAGACAGCGGUGGAGGAGGCUGCAAUGAAUACUGUGAUGAGUCUAGAAAGUUACGGGAGACUUAAAACACCACCCACAGGGGAGCUGGAGCUCUCUCUGGACUGCAAAAAAAAGCUCCUUCCUCCUGCUGACGGAACUCUCCUCGCUAUAAACAGGGUCGAUACGGAUGUCCGCCUGACACUGGUUGAGCAGCGGUGGGAGGUUGGCGGCACGCAAGGCAGUCUUAGCUGGACAGCGAACAUGUACUCGCUCAAAGGGCGCACCUGGCUCACACAGGGACAACGCUCCAUUGGACUAGUGUCGUUCGGGGCUGCUAAAAACCAGAGCCUGAAAAGCUCCCACAUCCUGAGCGUAAUGGACCCCGGUCAGGCUUGGGGACGCCUCGUCCUGGGGCUGGAAACUGAACACCUGGGUUCCUUUCCUCACAGCUUUCAGAGUUCAGCGGGCUUCAAACUGGCUGUGAAGAACGCUGAGGUGGGUCAGGCGCAGGCCCUCGUGCUCUGGACUCCUGCCGAGGCUGCUGUCAGUCUUGCCCUCACCACUUUCCUUGCAGCAAUGCCCGGGGGAAACUUGUUUUUAAAGAUGUGGAGAUCAGGAUUCGAGGGGCACGCGGCCUGGGCACACGUGAAGGGCGGCGGGGGCGUUAAGUGGGACCGCGGGGGACGAGACCUGGAGGUGGCACUGAAAUAUGAACACCCCGGGGCAGCAAUGCACGUCCUGGAAACCACUAUAUCCUUCAGCGUGUCCCAGCCCCUGUACCCACCCUUGACUCUGGUGCUGGCUACGAGGUUCAACCUGAACGGUGUCUAUCAUCUCGCUGUCAACGCGGAUUGUCGUUCGGAGCAGGAACAUUACCUGGUGACGGCGGCCAUGCAGCAUCCUGGAGGCAGCAGUGGCCUGCGUCUUCUGGUGCGGAAGGUCGGCAUCACUUAUGGUUCCCUUCUGGCUUGUUUCUAUGAUGACUUCGCCAUGCAGAUUACCGGAACUUACACGGCACGGGACGCGGAGCAGGAGAUGCUGACCACCGUCAAGACCUCGCUGCUGCCGGAGCCUAACGGCUACACCCUCAAGCUGGUGAAGAAGGUGCUCAUGCAGAGUAUCGAGCUGCUGGCCUUCCUCGCGCAGGGCGGCGCGCAACCAGACUGGGUCUACGCCUACAGAGUGGCGGGGCAGAUCAAGAGGGACAUCAAAGGGCGGCUGAGGACGAUGGUGGCCGAGGAUACCUUCACCCACCACAUCCUGCAGACGCUAGUGGAGGAGUACAAGUUCUUCCAACUGCUCGUCAACAAUCACUUCGAUGAGAUGGAGCUGGAGAUGAAGUUCUUGGAGUUCUGGCCUACAACGAAGGUUUCUGGCACGCUGCGGAAGGGGAAGGACACCCAGCUGUCCCUCACUGUCACCACGCCCACUCUCAAACACCUACUGGAAGGACGCAUCUUGUUCAGCAGUGGUGAGUGGCGGUCAGCCCACAGCGGAUCCUUGGCGUACACACAGCGGGACAAAGGGGGACGCGUCGUGCCCUUCAAAGUGGAACUGGAAGCCAGCAGAUGGAACAGCAACAAACAGAAGUACAAUCUGUUAUUCCAGUGUUCGCCUCCUCAGACGCACAUAGCCAAGGAGCUGCCAUUCGCGUCUGACCUGGAAGACAUGCGGUAUCCCUUAGAGCAGUCCCGCCGAGCUUCAGCUAUCACCAGCUUCCAGGCCACACUGGAGGUGACGCGGGAUCCCACCUACAACCAGUACAAGAUGACGUGGGAGACAGAAGAGACAGUGAGCUACACCAAGGUGGUGGUGGCCAGAAAUCCCCACGGCGGCAAUGGCCUCGUGCAGUACCGGCGCCACGUGAAAAGCAUCCCCAAAUCUGAGAUCGAGUACCUGCUAGAGGGGAACUACCGCCGCGUGGCCAAUGAAGUCAUGUUCUCCUGCACCCUUGACCAGUCCUCCAUCGGCAGGCCACGUGCCAUCAACUUCUUACACUCCGAGGGGGAGGGCUACACGGAGCUGCUCCUUGACCUGUUCGCGGAGGAAAGUGACCAGGUGAUCCUUGUCAUCAUGAACCUCCCUGAGCACUUCAGAUUUAGAAUUGGACAGUACGGGAACACCUUCCUGCUCCUGGGGUACCAAAGCGACAUAGAUGAUGAAGGAGCCAUCAUUUAUAAAGUACAGGUGCAGAACUCCGGGCGCACGGUGGAAGUAUGGAGCGGAAAUGAAGAGGAGGACACCAAGACGUGCAUGGUGGCCGGGGUGAUGCUGGAGACUCCCACGCUGGCGCCCACACACAACAUGCUCAAGCUGUGCCCCGGGAAUACCCCUUAUGUGAUGGUGCAGGCGCUGGGUGUAGAGAAACACGAGGGUCCCUAUCUGAAGGUGGGGCAGAUUUCAGGUCCCGGGGGUCUGGGUCUACAGGUGGGCACUGGAAGACUGCGACCACUGGACACUCCUCCGGCUCUCACUCUCACGGCCAAUGUUCAGAAGGAGGUGCUGGAAGUGCUCACUGACUGGCAGGUGCCGUCACUCUCGCGCUUGGAGGCAGAGUUUGCUUCUCGAGGGACCUCCAUGGUAGGAGCGUUCAGGGACUUCGGCUAUCCUACAGUAGUGAUUGAGGGCGGCCUUUAUAUCACCCCGCUCGUCAGCGACACAGAAGACCUUCUCCAACAGGCGUUAAACUUUACCCGCUCCACUUCUGUACAAUUAUGGACGAAGUUGGUGGGCAAUGUCUUCAGUAAGGAUGGAGACGUGUUUCAUGAGAUGGGCAGAGCCGUGGUGCGACACGCUGAGUCUGUAGUGGAUACCUGUGUGGUGGCUGCGCACUCUGUCUUUACCAAACUGAAAGGCUCGGCAGAAAACGUAGCCACGAGCACAGUCACUUUGCUGCGGAACGCUACUACAGGCGCGAUAAAUACAUUCAAUGCAGCCGAGCAGCGAGUGUUGAGGGCAGUGAACGGUGUGACGGCCAGGCUGCAUCACCACCUGGGGCCGCCCCUCACUCAGGUGCGCGCCACCCUGACAGCCCUCAGCUAUAACGAUGACCAAAGCCUGUACGCCCUGGUGUCGAGGGUCAUGGGCGGCUUGCGGAGGAGGAUUGGGCGACGUGAAGGCAUGAGGGGCUAUGUGACCGACCAGCUGCUCACCAGGGCGGAGAAAAUAGUGGUCGAGAACGCCUACUGGGACGGGCUGCGGGACACGGGCAGUACACUCCUCCGGCACUUGCAGAAUGUGACAACCAUUAGCAUUGUGAUGCCGCACCAGACAGCGCUGAUGAUCAGGGUAGCGAUGCCUAACCGCAUGAAGAGGGAUCUGGAGGAGGCGAUCCACUGGUUGGUGAAUAAAGAGGGGCCACGGCUACUGGUGGAGGCCGAGGGAUUGACGAAGGCUUACUGGGCGCGAACACGGUACCUCCUUACCUGGCCCGUGUACGGAGAGGCGAUGGUGUUCGGAUGGGAUCAAGGCAUCACCUGGGACGGCCGCCAAGUGACCCCUCUCCUGACCGACGCUUGCCGUCACCUGCUGGUGCUGCUGACUCACGCCGCCACGCCCACCGCCAUCACGCUGCACGUAGAGGACCUGGACAGUCGCCCUCGGGAGGUGCUCACCUUCUUCAGCGGCAACAACGUCGUCACUCUAGACUCGUUGCUCAAGAUGACCUACAAUGGCAAGCACAUCCGUCAGCCGCUACUGGAGACGGGGGAUCUCACGCUACGGUGGUCAAGGAAUGAUGCCUCCGUGACCUCCACCGUGGGCUUGAGUCUCGAGUGCCAGCUGGACCAGCCACUGUGCCGUCUAGUGGUCAGCGAUCAGCACUUCGCGGCUACUGUCGGUCUUCUCGGCGUCUUCGACUAUGACAACAGCUCAGACUACAUGACGAGCCGCUGGGAAAUGCCCGCGACGGAGGAGGAGUGGGUGCAGAGCUGGCGAGUGGGCACGCCAGGACAGUGCGCCUCGCAGCUGCCGGAGUCACACAUCUCACCGCCACACGGACAUCACUGCACUGACCUUUUCCAGAGUUCCAGCUCCCCCUACAGGUGGUGUUUCCGUAGCGUGCCUCCCUCGCCCUACCUUCAGACGUGCCAGGCGGGGUGGGAGUGCGCCUCCCAACAAGCCUUUCUCCAGGCCUGCAGGCGCCACUACCACGAACUCACGCCCAAUCUCACAUGCAGUUCGUGUUUGCUGGAGGAGACGAGGGAGGAAGGUACGGAAGGACUGAGGAGAGAGGUGGUCAUCAUUACGGACUUCGAGUGCUGGAAUGACCCGCAGGACCUCAUCACGGCUCUCUCCAGGAACACAAAGAGACCCAACAAGGUGAUGAUCCGUUACAUUGGCCGAGGACCGCCGUCAGAGGGACCCUUUCAGAACGUGGCCGAGACUGUGGUGGACAACGGGGCACUACCUAUUGAAACAAUCCUCAACUCGGCCCUCUUUGAUUUCUCCGAGCGGGCGCUGAAGACCAUCGUUUUAUUCGACUGCCAACAUCCUCGCUGCGAAGUCUCAAGCGCGGCGUCCCAGACUGUCAAGGCGAGAGAGACGCUGCUGUCUCUCGGUGUCCAGCUGCACGUCAUCACCAUGGACGCCCUCACCAUCAUGGGCCGACAGUCGCUUUCCCGAAGGGCAGCACGGCAACUCAUCGGGUUGGAUGGCCACACCGCCUACCUCCUGUCCCACGCCCGCAAGAAGAAGGUGAAGGGAAAACGCAACAUUCGGCGCCACCUGGAGGUCCCCAUUGGCAACACCUGCGCACACCUGGCCGUGGAGACGGACGGUUCUGUGUUUUCACUUCGGAACAUCAAGAUGGAGAAGAAGCACCACCGGCGGAUCCUGCAACAGCUGGUGGCGCUCAGGGUGGAGGCGGGGCGCGCAGCAGAUUACCUUGGGUGUCGUGUCUGCAAGUGUGGCGUCCCCUGCACUCUCUGCCACCCCCCGCCACCUCUCGUCUAUCUGAACUCCGAGAGAGGUGACGACAAUGACGAGGAUGUCGACUAUGAGGAGGAGGACAACCUGAGUCUGAGGAGUCAAGGCAGAAUGCGCCAUAAGUCUCGCCGGAGGCCGUGAGAUCGCCGCUCCUCCUUGCACUAGAGCUUACAAUAUUUCAUUUUCAUUUCAACUGCGUUCUCAAAUAUACUCGUAAUUGUAUGCGUGUUUCUCGCCACAACAGUCUAUUAUAAGCAUUAGUUUAGUGAUACCUUUAGUAAUCAAUGUUGUAAUAUCUCUGCCACCGCCUUUUUUUUUUUUUCUUGUUUCUAUAACAAUAAAAAUGUUAAGUGUCUGAUAGCGUAGUUGAUACCGAACAUAGGGCUGCUUUCACAAACGCUGUGCUCUCUCACCACGACUACUUUCAAAGGUUCCAUAUAUGAUUUUCAAGAGUGUUUAUCCUGUUAGUAAUGCAGAAAGUGUUUGUCUGUCACUAAAACAAUAAAAAGAAAACUUAAAAUCCCGUGUAACUUCAACCGGAGCAAUUUCAAUGUACUGGAGGAGCGGCGCAAAAGGGUUUUAGAAUACGGUCCAUAUUAAAACACGUGUCCCGAGCUAGUCAUUAAGACGUCUGGUUCCGCAGGGCGCAAGGGAGCAGCUCAACAUAGAUUCCUGCAAGACACGCAACUUUAACAAGCACUUUAUGAUAGGAUUAGCGUGUGUCUAGUGUAGCUGUGGGCAAUAAACAAUUUUCUUCGACAAA